CUGGCUGGUAUUAGUUGAGAUUUAGACGCCGAUCGUGCCGCUUGUUCGCGUGCUUCCGUCGAUCAAAUACAUUCGCGGGUUCUCAGCAGUGGGUGAGUUUUCAGUGGUAGGAGUGUUUUGAUCUGUUGAAAAAAAAAAUAAAAGCGUUCUUCAGACGAAACCGCACGGGCAUUAGAGUCACGAUAGUUGUGUGGGAGCAACGAGAAAUUUAAAGUAAAUGUGCUGCUCAUAAUUGGCUACGGUAGAUAGCAAUUUCCGAAAUAAAAUCGAAGCAUAGUACCAGUGGUAAGGUCAUAAAGAUUGAGUGAAAACAAAAGGAAGAAAGAGCGAGAAAAAAUGUGAUCAACAGUGAUAAAGAGCGGGUAGCAAAAGUUAACCAAACAAGUCAACUAUCAGCAGAAGAAAAUGUUUUAUGCGUUGCGACUGGUGUUGCGUAACCAUUUCCAUCAACAUCAACAGCGACAUCGAAAUCGGCAGCAGCAGCAACAGCCAGUGAUACAACAAGUGCUUUCACUGCAACCGGCGUUGUGCAUCUGAUAUCGGUGGAAGCCGGAAUUGAAAUUGUAAAACCAUCUGUAAUUAGUGCGAUCUCGGAAGGAAUCUUACUUCGCGUUUGGCCUUUCGGCAACCGGUAACCAAAGAUCGUGAUCGCGUUACGGAAGAAACAAGUUGCGCCCACAUUUCGGUGCGGUUAUUUGGCUUCGGGCGGAUGGUUGUGUGCCAGGGUGACUAAGUGCAGUGAUUGGUUAGCGAUUGUGGGAAAUAAUAUAAAUCAAUAGUGCGGCAAAAAAUGGGAAAGUCUAACCACCGAUUGCCACGGCUGAUUUGGCUGAUAGGAUUACAGUGCAUCGUGUUUGCAGUUUGUACAGGACAGAGUAGCAGUGAAGAUAUAUCAACGACGACAAAUGAAUCCAGCACAACUCUCACCAACGAUGAGUCAAGUUCACUCGCACCACUGGGUGUUGUUCCUCUUACCAAACCCAUCAAUAACAAAAAUGAAACGACAACCAAAGAGACGGUAACGUCUGACAGCGUCAGCUCCUCUUCAACGCAGAAUCCCGCAAGCCAGGAGUCAUCUUCACACCUGGCGACGUCAUCGGAAUCCGUAUCGAAUGAGGCAAGCAGCAGUAUGGAGAUGCAUUCAACUGAGAAACCGGUUCUGCUCCACGUCCAAUCUAUGGCUGAAGCCAGCAACGAUCGUAAUCCGGAUAAUUCUCCCUCCAUACUGGACCACUUUGUCCCAGUGGGAGAAAGUUCGUCAGAAGAAUUACUUAAAAUGAGCGAUGUGAAAUCAUCCGGGGAAGCCAUACCUCAAGGGCGCUCGAUUGGAUUCGGUUUCGAUGGGCCAAUUAAUUUCGUCACUGCUCCAGACCUAGCCACAACAGCAACCACUCGGGGUCCGACCACUGAGAGCCCCACUACUACCGUAGGCUACGACAAAAAGUUCCAUACCGAACUUGCUGACCUUUCGGAUAUAAGUAUGGAGGAAGAUGAACGUGACGGUGCGGAAGGAGGCACCGUACAUAGCAGGGAAGAUGAGGCUGAACGAAGCCACCAUAACACAACCACGAGUCACAUGAUGGUGCCACACUCAACCGGACGGGAUCUAACGAUGAUGGUCGUCGAUGAGUGCAUCUACAAUGGCGUCGAAUACAAGACGAACCAAACCGUGGACCGGCAAUGCGAGGAACGGUGCACCUGUGAAGACGACGGCAAAUGGCGCUGCGAGCCGCGGUGUGCGAGGCCGUUCGUGAAGCGGGGGAAAACUCUAUCGGAUCCCGGCUGCUUCGAGGUCCCUUCCAAGACGGAUGAGUGCUGUGCCAUGCUGGUAUGUGGGGCUGCAUCGGAGCGACUUGUCGAUGGACGAAUGGAUCGUAUCGGCAAUUCCACGGAUAAGAUCCCGACGACAUCGACAGCGAUCGUCACGAGUUGCAUUUACCGCAAUCAAUCGUACAACGUCAACGCAAAGGUGGAAAUUGGUUGCGAGAAAAUCUGCACCUGUAACAUUGAAGGUGAACUGGAUUGCGUGCCUCGCUGUCCUACCAUGAACGAAACCCGUUCCGAGCACUGCGUUACCGUUCCCGAUCCUAACGAUGCCUGUUGCAAUCGAGAGUUUUGCGAUGUGAUUCUUGAUGACCACGAACAGAAUAGUGCACUAAUGAUGAUGGCUCCGACCUCGUCUGCAUCUCCAAUGGCAGCGACUAGCACUGAGAAGAACGAUUUUAUUGGGGAAAUCGAUCAGUGCGAGUACAAGGGAAAAAUGUACACUAAAAAACAGCAAUUCCACGACGAAUGUAACGCUUUGUGUCUGUGUACAGAUGCUGGUGUACAUUGCGCCAAAAUCGAGUGUCCCUCGCACUUUGGAUUGGACGUUCUCGAUCCCCAUUGUUUACGGUGGGAACCGGAUCCUGCAACAUUCCGUGCGAUCGCACCACGGUGCUGUCCGGAGCGCAUGAAGUGUGUUGAUAAUGGAACUUGCAUAUUCAAAGGUCAACCUUUUGACAAUUGGUCGGAGAUUCCAAGCAAUUUAACCGGUUGUGAUCAGCAUUGCUAUUGUGAAUCAGGAAAGGUUGAAUGUAGACCCGCUUGCCCACCCGUUCCAGCGACUCCUCCGCCGAGUUUACCUUGCAAUCCAAGAAUGGCGCGACUGGCUCCGCUUCCCGAUGAUGAUUGCUGCAAACAUUGGACUUGCUCUAACGGAGAACCGGCACUAACAGGUAACGAUGUUCUCAAGCCGCUGCUAAUGCCAGACACGAUAAAUCAAUUUCUUCCUUCAAAAUCACCGAAGAACGAUAAAGUAGAAAAAACCAAACCGGAAAAAGAACCGGAAGCGCCGAAAGAUCCCCAACAUGUUCCAUUCUAUCCAACCGUUGAUGGAAAACCACCAAAAGUCCCGCAGGAGAAACCACACAAGAAAUAUCCUAAAGAGGAUGCUAAAAAAGAUCAUUACAAUAAUAUUUUCAAUGGCAACGAACAAUCCGCACCUGGCGACCAAAAGUACGAAUAUGGCGGUUACGACGAUGCACCGAAACCGGCCACCCUUGGAGUGCAACGUCCGGGACCACCGGGAUAUUACGGUCCGGAAAUUAAACCCGGCUACAACGAGUACAAUCCAUACAUCCACGUAAGCGGUCCACCGGGAGCCGUUCCGUUACCACCGGGAGGUCAGCUACCGCACCACCCACUGGACAAACAGUUAAUCAAUGCGCUUGGACCGAACCCACAGAACAUUCCACCCAACAUUCGCAUCGAACAGUUGCUUCAGCAAAUUCAUGCCCAAGACCCCAAUCCCGGCCCCAUCCUGCACGGUCAAAACAUCAACAGCAACCCCUACCCGCAUCAGCAUCAACCGAUCGUACCACCUCAGACUACCCACCAGACAGCGGCCGCCGCCAACGGUAUCAACUAUAAUCAGUACGGUGAGCCGCUAGACAUUGGACCGCCACAUUCCGCACCGCAAUCACCAGGUCCUAACCUCGGUUUUCCUUCCCUGCAGACCGAUUUGAAGGUACUAGCGUUGGACGCAAUUGAUCCGAACACGGUGCGCGUUAUAUUCAUCGUCCCGCAGGUGUUUGUUGGACUGCACGGCCGAGUCGAGCUGCGGUACACCCGCACGCGAAACAACGACACAUCCACCUGGCAGGCACAAGUGUUCGCCCCGCCAGACGAUCUGAUCGCCACCUCUCAGCUGGAAUUUGAACUGCCCGGUCUCGACCCGAACACCGAAUAUCGGGUCAAGAUUACGCUGGUCCUGCGGGACGUAAGCUCGCAGCCAUCUAGUCAAAUAUACAACGUUCGAACGCCUUCCGAUCGAGUGAUCACCCCACCGCCCCUGAUCAACACCGAUUUACACUAUCCUCAUUUGAGUCAUCCUACCAACUUCCUCAAAGAGAUCAUCCAAGAUCCGGUGCUGAGGGCGAAUGAUAUCAACUCGACCUGGGCUAAGAUAACCUGGCGCAAGCUGGAUGACGAGGAACUGGACUACGUGGAUGGUAUUCAACUGCGCUACAAAGAGAUCGAUGGUAUGGUGUACGACGCAACUCCACUGAUUCAUCGAGCGCUGAGUGAAUAUACGGUAGAAAAUCUGAAGCCCCAAACUCGGUACGAAAUGGGAAUAUUUUUCAUUCCUUUCCCCGGCCAUGGUGAAGAAGUGCGGGCAGGAGAGAUGUUACAGUUUACUACCGCUCAACGAGUCGACAUGUACGGAUUCGAGGUGGUCGUCAAUGUCAGCAAGAUAAAGGCCGGCAGUGUCGAGGUAAGCUGGUCCGGUGUACCAUAUCCGGAGGAUAAAUACAUCAAUAUCUAUCGAGCCAUUUACCAGAGUGACAGCGGUAAGGAGGACUCGAGUGUUUUCAAAGUAGCUAAACGCGAUUCUACCACUGGAACACUUAUAAUGGAUCUUAAACCUGGCACUCGGUACAGACUUUGGUUAGAGAUGUACCUUACGAACGGAAGCAUAAAAAAGAGUAAUGUGGUGAACUUCAUUACGAAACCCGGUGGACCAGCGAUACCUGGAAAACCUGGAAAGUUAUCGGUAGCCGGCUCUGAUGCCCUGCCGGGUGAUUAUUACGGACCGCUAGUGGUCGUGGCAGUGAUAGCAUCCCUUGCUGUGAUGUCCACCCUGAUACUGCUUCUCAUACUCACCAGAAGGCGAGUACAAAGUGCCACAAUUACUCCGCCGCGUAAGAACGAAGUUUCCUACGAUAACCCUAGCUAUAAAGUCGAAAUUCAGCAGGAAACAAUGAAUCUGUAACAUCGGCAAUUGUCUUUUUGAACCGCCAGAAAUUCUAGUUCGACAACAAGAGAAACGAUUUUAUCUAUUUAUCGACUGCCAUCGAAAGGCAAUUUCUGUAUAUUUAUUUUAUUCUUUAGACCUUGCUCUACAUUGUACAUAAGCUAGGAAAGUGAGGCAUCACAUACGCCGAGUCGCUCUGAUCAAAUCUAAGACUAAAAUCCGUCCUCAAUUUGUCCCAGCAUGAAGACCAAUGAAAAGGAUCAACUAUUUUCCAGCAGUCUUCCGCAUAACCUCAGUUGAACGUUACAUUAGAAAAAAAAAAACACAUAGUACGUAUGCAAAUUGUUUAGAAUCUAGGAUGAAUUAAAUGAAACGCAUUCCCAGUGACCAUUCCACAAGACCGAAAUGCGAAAUGGUGAAACCAAAUGGACUGGCUCAAGUAAUUUCGAGUACUAGUUAUGAACAGAAGAUCCCCUACUGAUUUGUAGUUUAGGUAAAGUCGAUUCUAAUUAAGCAAAGGCUGUAAAUACAUACUACAUCGUGAAUCGAAAUGUCUAAUUCCGUACUUUAGCUAACCAUAGUUGUUCUAGCGUAAUGUUUGAUUUAUUUUUUUGUAAAUAAGAGAUAUUUUUAUACUACUAAA